CUUAUAAAAACACUUUUACUUUUUCUAAAAUUUGCGGGAAGGUUUAUGGUUUGUUCAUGAUACUAUACUUAGAGCGUUGCUCUUCAAGUGAGAACCCUAACCCUUUCAUGAGAGACAAAUAAAGACAGGAAAAUCUCUAACACAAAUACUCUCUCUCUUGCAAAGUGAUCAGGUUGCUUGUUUUUGUUUUCAGAAGAAGCGGUAGGGAACCAGGGCACAAAGGGUUUCAGUCAGUAGUUACGAUCAACUCUUGAUCUUUGACUUUCUUCUGCAUUUGCUCUGUUCCUUAUUUUUAGGAAUUUUUUAGAGCGGUUUCUCGUCUUUAUAUCCAUUUCAGAAACGAGGUUUCAGUCAUUAGGUAUUGUUUUACUCUGCGGCUUUGCCUCUUGUUCGGGAAGCUAAAUGGCUGCAUGUAAAGGAACUUCCCUGGCUCUAACCUGGCAGCAAAACAGGACAUUCUGGCCUUUUGCUAGAGGUUCUAGCAAGCAAAGGCGCUAUAUAGUCUAUCAAAGAGACCUCAAUCUUCCUUCACUGGGCUUUCUUAGUCAAAGAAUUGGAUCACAAAUUAUAGGGUCACGAAAAACCGGGGCUAUGCUGUCGGAAAGUAAACAAGGGCUUAUACGUGAAGAAAACAUGGCUAUGAAAAAUUCAGGCGAAGUAAUACAUUUUUAUCGUCUACCUUAUCUUAGAGAGAGUGCAGCUGAAGAGUUUCUCCAAAGAGUCCAGAUGAAGGUCUCAAAUCAAAUUGUUGGUUUGGAGACUGAGCAAUGCUUCAAUGUGGGGUUAAGCUCUCCCCUAUCAGAUGACAAGCUUGACAUUCUCAAGUGGCUUCUUCAAGAGACUUAUGAGCCUGAAAAUUUGAAAAAUGAGAGUUUUCUUGGUGGAAAUAGAGAAGGGACAUCCACUGUGUUGAUUGAAGUAGGGCCUCGUCUUUCUUUCACAACUGCUUGGUCUGCGAAUGCUGUCUCUGUUUGUAAAUCGUGUUCUUUGACUGAAGUGAAUAGGAUUGAGAGGUCAAGAAGGUACUUGCUUUAUCUCAAAGAAGGCAGUGUUCUAUUACCUGAAAGCCAAAUUCAAGAUUUUCUUGCAAUGGUGCAUGAUAAGAUGACUGAAUGUGUAUAUUCCACCAAACUGACAUCAUUUAAGACAGCUAUGGUGCCUGAUUCUGUCACUCAAGUGCCAGUUAUUGAGAAAGGAAGGGCAGCACUAGAAGAGAUAAACAAGAAGAUGGGGCUUGCGUUCGAUGAGUAUGACCUUCAGUAUUACUUAGGGCUUUUUAAGGAUGAUCUCAAGAGAAACCCAACCAUUGUGGAGCUCUUUGAUAUUGCACAGUCUAACAGUGAGCAUAGCAGGCACUGGUUUUUCAAUGGGCAGUUAGUUAUUGAUGGGCAACGUAUGAGCCAAACCCUUUUUCAGAUUGUGAAGAGCCCAUUGAAGGCAAAUCCAAGCAAUUCAGUUAUUGGUUUCAAGGACAAUUCCAGCGCAAUCAAGGGAUUCUCAGUGAACCCACUGCUUCCUAUUUCAUCUGGUGUUAUCUCUCAGUUGAGUUUAUCUGAUCGCACAUUUGAUAUUCUAUUUACAGCUGAGACGCACAAUUUUCCCUGUGCGGUGGCUCCAUACCCUGGUGCUGAAACUGGAGCAGGGGGUCGAAUUCGUGACACCCAUGCAACAGGAAGAGGCUCCUUUGUUGUUGCCUCCACUGCUGGUUAUUGUGUUGGAAACCUUCGAAUGGAAGGUUCUUAUGCCCCAUGGGAGGAUCCAUCCUUCAUAUACCCUUCAAACUUGGCUUCCCCUCUUCAGAUUUUGAUUGAUGCAAGCAAUGGGGCUUCAGAUUAUGGCAACAAGUUCGGGGAGCCUCUCAUCCAAGGUUAUACGAGAACUUUUGGUAUGAGGUUACCUAGCGGUGAAAGGCGAGAGUGGCUUAAGCCUAUAAUGUUUAGUGGGGGAAUUGGACAAAUAGACCAUGAACUUAUAUCUAAGGGAGAGCCAGAGAUUGGUAUGUUGGUUGUGAAAAUUGGGGGCCCAGCUUAUCGUAUUGGAAUGGGUGGUGGAGCUGCCUCUAGUAUGGUCAGUGGACAAAAUGAUGCAGAGCUCGACUUCAAUGCAGUUCAGCGUGGAGAUGCAGAAAUGGCACAGAAGUUAUAUCGUGUUGUUCGUGCUUGCAUUGAAAUGGGUGAGAAGAACCCCAUUGUGAGCAUCCAUGAUCAAGGGGCUGGAGGCAAUUGCAAUGUUGUGAAAGAAAUAAUUUUCCCAAAGGGGGCUGAAAUCGAUAUUCGAUCCAUUGUGGUUGGGGAUGAGACAAUGUCGGUUUUGGAGAUAUGGGGUGCUGAAUACCAAGAACAAGAUGCUUUGCUUGUGAAGCCUGAGAGCAAGGAUUUGUUGCUUUCGAUAUGUGUGAGAGAGAAGGUCUCUAUGGCUGUUAUAGGGUCCAUCAGCGGUGAUGGUAGGGUUGUAUUGAUGGACAGUCGAGCUAUUAAAGAGUGCCAAUCUAAGGGGCUUCCUCCUCCUCCCCCUGCUGUGGACUUAGACCUCGAAAAGGUCCUCGGAGACAUGCCCCAAAAGACCUUUGAAUUCAAGCGAGCAUUCAAUGCAAGAGAGCCUCUCGAUAUAGCCCCUGGCAUUACAUUGUUGGACUGUUUGAAAAGAGUUCUUAGACUUCCUUCAGUUUGUUCAAAGCGAUUCCUGACCACCAAGGUUGAUAGAUGUGUGACUGGUCUUGUGGUUCAACAGCAAACUGUCGGGCCUUUGCAACUUCCUCUUGCCGAUGUUGCAGUGAUUGCUCAAACUUAUGCAGGUCUCACUGGUGGUGCUUGUGCUAUAGGAGAGCAACCAAUAAAAGGGUUAUUGAACCCAAAAGCAAUGGCUAGGCUAGCCAUGGGGGAAGCCUUGACAAAUCUUGUUUGGGCUAAAGUAACUUCUCUUGGUGAUGUAAAGGCUAGUGGGAACUGGAUGUAUGCUGCUAAGCUUGACGGUGAAGGAGCAGCCAUGUAUGAUGCAGCUAUGGCUCUCUCAGAGUCAAUGAUUGAGUUGGGUAUAGCCAUUGAUGGGGGAAAAGACAGCCUUUCAAUGGCCGCACAGGCAUCUGGUGAGACUGUUAAGGCCCCUGGAAAUCUUGUUAUUAGUGUUUAUGUGACUUGCCCUGAUAUAACCAAAACUGUGACCCCGGAUUUGAAACUCGGGGACGAUGGUUUAUUGCUUCAUAUCGAUUUGGCGGAAGGGAGAAGAAGGUUGGGUGGGUCUGCCCUUGCCCAAACCUUUGAUCAGAUAGGUGAUGAAUGCCCUGAUCUUGAAGACAUUUCCCAUCUCAAGAGAACUUUUGAGACUGUUCAGUCACUAAUCGAAGAGGGCUUGAUCUCAGCUGGUCAUGACAUUACUGAUGGGGGCCUAAUUGUGUGCCUUCUUGAGAUGGCAUUUGCAGGUAAUUGUGGGUUACAUGUCGAGCUUGACACAAGGGAUGGAGACCAUUUUCGAGCUCUCUUCGCGGAAGAAUUGGGUCUUGUUCUCGAGGUCAGCAAAGCAAAUGUCGGUCUGGUUAUGGAGAAACUCGAUGCUUCAGGUGUGUCAGCUCAGCUCAUUGGACAUGUUACCUCCUCGCCAUUGAUAGAGCUACUGGUUGAUGGGGUGCCCCAAUUGAAGGAAAAGACCUCAUUUUUAAGGGACUUUUGGGAAGAUACAAGUUUUGAGCUUGAGAUGUUCCAAAGUUUGGCUUCUUGUGUGCAAUCAGAGCGGGAUUUACUCAAGAGUAGGCAUGCACCCACUUGGGGAUUACCAUUCACUCCAAGAUUCACUGAAGAAAAGCUUAUGAAAAUGGGUUCAAAGCCAAAAGUUGCCAUUAUUCGUGAAGAAGGGAGUAAUGGGGAUAGAGAGAUGUCCGCCGCCUUUUAUGCAGCUGGUUUUGAGCCAUGGGAUGUGGCUAUGACUGACUUGCUUAAUGAUCGGGUUUCUCUCAAAGAUUAUCGUGGUUUAGCCUUUGUGGGUGGGUUCAGCUAUGCUGAUGUUUUGGAUUCAGCAAAGGGUUGGUCAGCUUCAAUUCGAUUCAAUUCUUCUCUCUUAAGUCAGUUUCAAGAGUUUUAUGAUAGGCCAGAUACUUUCAGUCUUGGUGUAUGCAAUGGGUGCCAACUCAUGGCUCUGUUGGGUUGGGUCCCAGGACCCCAAGUGGGUUCAAGUGGCCUUGAGCCAUGUGGUGAUGUGACCCAACCAAGGUUCAUACACAACGAGUCGGGUCGGUUUGAGUGUCGAUUUGCUAGUGUUACAAUCCAUGAUUCCCCCUCCGUUAUGCUCCAGGGCAUGCAAGGGAGCACGCUUGGAGUAUGGUCGGCACAUGGAGAGGGGAGAGCCUUCUUUCCAAGUGAUGGGGUUUUAGAGAGAGUUUUGGGUUCAGGGCUAGCACCUGUUAGAUAUUGUGAUGAUGAUGGUAAAGUAACUGAGGUGUAUCCUCAUAAUCCCAAUGGGUCACCAUUAGGGAUCGCUGCUCUGUGUUCACCAGAUGGGAGGCAUCUAGCUAUGAUGCCGCAUCCCGAGCGUUGCUUCCUCAUGUGGCAGUUCCCGUGGUACCCAAAAGAUUGGGGGUUUGAUAGGAAGGGACCCAGCCCUUGGUUGAGGAUGUUUCAGAAUGCGCGAGAAUGGUGUGAUUCUUCUUAGUUCAGGUUUUCAAUUUAUCAUGUGACAUGGUGUCACAGGUAAUCUCUCUCUCUCUCUCUCUCUCUCUCUCUCUCUCUCUCUCUCUCUCUCUCUCUCUCUCUCUCUCUCUCUCUCUCUCUCUCUCUACAGUUUUCUGGCUAUGCUGUCCACUCUAAUGAAUUUGGACUUUAGAUGCGCUUGUCAGCUUUAUACAAUCUGUUUAUUCUGCCAUUAUUUUUCACAGGAACAAUGAAGUUCCAUUUUCUGAACACUAUAUUCACUUAUUUAUGCGUUCCUCAGAUAUUUUGUAUUUUUGAAUGUUUUGUAAAAGCUUAUGAGAGGGAUCACGAUAUCCUUUACUAGGUUUUCAGUGCCAA